UUCUGGGAUUACAGGGGUGAGCCACCGUGCCCGGCCCACUUUUUUAUCUAGUUUGUUAUCUCACACCCCGACCAGAAUAUAACCUUCAUGGGGGCUACAGUUUGUUGUUUAUUGCCCACCUCCGUGUCCUGGCCACAUAGUAGGUUCGCAAUAAAUAUAUGUUGAAUAAUUAAUAAAUAAAGACUACAUUCUAAUGAUAAUGGCUAAUGGACCACAUGAUUUACAUACUUAUUUGGUUUAUUGUAUUAUCUGCCUCUGCCUUUUAGAACAUAAACCUUCUAGGGGUGGCAAUGUUGAGUCCCUACUCUCUGGCAGGCACCAUGUUGGGCUGGGAUUCAAAGGUGACCAAAACUGGCAAAAUCCUGCCCUCCCUCUGCCAUGGGGAGGAACUGUUAAUGGCCAUGGGGAUUCUCUUUGGGGUGAGGAAACCGUUCUAAAAUUUAGUUAUGUUGAUAGUUGUACAACUUAGUGAAUGUGCUAAAACCCGUUAAAUUGGACAUUUUAGCUGGCUGAACUUGAUGGGAUGUAAAUUACAUCUCAAUAAAGCUGUUUGAGUAAUCCAGCCUUCACAAUUGUCUGUUUGAGUGAGGAGGGAAGGAGAGACGGGGAGGUGGGGUGGAGGGGAAGAGAAAACAGCAUAAAUCAUGCAUAUAUAGCAUGCAAAUUGGAAGGUGAUCAGCACACAAUAGGCACUCAAUAAAUGUUGAAAUAAUGACACCUCACUGUCUCCUUGCCCUCAGAUGGUCUCCCCUAAGAUUUCCUCGAUUGUCUUGCUUCUUCUCUUCCCACUUGCAGAAACUGCUGCCCACACCUCUACCCUGAGCUGCCUGCUGGGAGCAUGGAGCUGCCAACAAAGUCUGGCACUUUCGACCUGGGCCUGGCCACAUGGAGCCCUACCCUCCAGGGGGAAAACCACUGGGGUCAGGCACGCUGCAGGGACGUUGGCAGGCAGCUGCCUGAGUACAAGGCAGUGGUGGUGGGCGCAAGUGGCGUGGGCAAGAGUGCGCUGACCAUCCAGCUGAACCACCAGUGCUUCGUGGAGGACCACGAUCCCACCAUCCAGGAUUCCUACUGGAAGGAGUUGGCCCUGGACAGCGGGGACUGCAUUCUGAACGUGCUGGACACAGCAGGGCAGACCGUCCAUAGAGCCCUGCGUGACCAGUGCCUGGCUGUCGGUGAUGGUGUGCUGGGCGUCUUUGCUCUUGAUGACCCCUCGUCUCUGAUCCAGCUACAGCAGAUAUGGGCUGCCUGGGGCCCUCACCCUGCCCAGCCCCUUGUCCUCGUAGGCAACAAGUGUGACCUUGUGACCACCGCUGGAGAUGCUCAUGCUGCUGCCGCAGCCCUCGCACACAGCUGGGGUGCCCACUUUGUGGAGACCUCAGCCAAAACACGGCAAGGUGUGGAGGAGGCCUUUUCACUGCUGGUCCAUGAGAUCCAGAGAGUCAAGGAGGCCAUGGCGAAAGAGGCCAGGGCAAGGUCCUGUGUGGAGAAGACCCGGCACCAGAAGGCCACCUGCCACUGUGGCUGCACUGUGGCCUGAAGGUCUUGGCCAAGAAAUGUAGACCCUCCCCAGGCCAGGGUGAUUGUUCGCUUGACUUGAGACUCCUGAAGCUACUAGCUUUGAGGGACACAUUCCAUAUACUAGGGAAAGAUGGACACCUCUCUUGUUUUCACUUGGUGAGGGGCUUUUUGGUAACACAGGAGUACCUAGUGUUGCUUUUGUUAUGUCAAGUUGAGAGAUUUUGUGCAAAAUUAAA